UAUUCGGUUUUGUAUUGUGCUCAAAUUUAAUCGCAUCUCUAAAAACAUACAGUUGUCAAAAACAGCUGUACCAUACAUUUUUAUUUCGCAUGUAAACAAAAGCUGACAAAAGUGCAUACAAAUGGAAGAGAAACGCACCAAAAAGAAGUCUGAAUCAACUGAUUCGGCCACAAAAAGUUCUAGCUCCUCAGAUGCAGCUCAAGACGCACCACUUUUUCCCAUAGCACCAGGAAAAUCACGCCCAAAUUAUGGAACUAAUAACACCUUAGAGCUUUUGGAACGAAUUCCAACGGAAGUGGUUAAUUUGAAGUUAGACGACGUGUUGACCGCUGUUAAGGAUGUUGAUAAUAUGUGUGACUAUCCGCGUUGUAAAACUAAGACAAAGCUUAUGGGACAAGAUUGCGAGCUCUGUCGUAAGCGAUUUUGUUUCAAACAUGGUCUGCCGGAAGUUCAUGGCUGUGGCGAAGCAGUAAAACGAGAAGAGCGGGUAAAAUUCUUGCAUCCAAAACCAGCGAAAACAAUACGCGAAGAAGCUGACCUUGCACAAGCUAAGAAAAAACUACAAUCUAAGUUGAAGGACAUGCAAGUGGGUCGCAUGCAGAAAGUAAAUGGUGGACCUGCGAUACAAGCCAAGGACGGCAAAAGCGGUGCUGGUAGUAGUGGUGGGGGCGAUGGAAAAGGAGCAAGGCGAAAGAAGGGAAAAUAAGAUCAUAAAUUUUAGUCUGAAUAUGGCCAAUAGUAAAUAAAUAUUAGUUUCGUUAAAAAUAAAUUCAAAAAUUUACAAACCGCAUUUCAAAUAAAAUCACUUAACCAGUAAUGGUAUGGAAACC